AUGCCGGUGAGGGAUCCCACGGGCCCCGCCAGCGUUCCCGAGCGCCAACCCACCAAGGAUUCCAUGGGCCCCGCCAGUGUUCCCGAGCCCCAGCCCACCAAGGAUUCCACGGGCCCCGCCAGCGUUUCCAAGCCCCAACCCACCAAGGAUUCCACGGGCCCCGCCAGCGUUCCCGAGCCCCAACCCACCAAGGAUUCCACGGGCCCCGCCAGCGUUCCCGAGCCCCAACCCACCAAGGAUUCCACAGGCCCCGCCAGCGUUCCCGAGCCCCAACCCACCAAGGAUUCCACGGGCCCCGCCAGCGUUCCCAAGCCCCAGCCCACCAAGGAUUCCACGGGCCCCGCCAGCGUUCCUGAGCCCCAGCCCACCAAGGAUCCCACGGGCCCCGCCAGCGUUCCCAAGCCCCAGCCCACCAAGGAUUCCACGGGCCCCACCAGCGUUCCCAAGCCCCAGCCCACCAAGGAUUCCACGGGCCCCGCCAGCGUUCCUGAGCCCCAACCCAGCAAGGAUUCCACGGGCCCCGCCAGCGUUCCCGAGCCCCAGCCCACCAAGAUUUCCACGGGCCCCGCCAGCGUUCCCAAGCCCCAACCCAGCAAGAUUUCCACGGGCCCCGCCAGUGUUCCCGAGCCCCAGCCCACCAAGAUUUCCACGGGCCCCGCCAGCGUUCCCGAGCCCCAGCCCACCAAGGAUUCCACGGGCCCCGCCAGCGUUCCCGAGCCCCGCCAGUGUUACCGAGCCCAAGCCCACCAAGAUUUCCACGGGCCCCGCCAGCGUUCCCGAGCCCCAACUCACCAAGGAUUCCACGGGCCCCGCCAGCAUUCCCAAGCCCCAACCCACCAAGGAUUCCACGGGCCCCGCCAGCGUUUCCAAGCCCCAACCCACCAAGAUUUCCACGGGCCCCGCCAGCGUUCCCGAGCCCCAGCCCACCAAGGAUUCCACGGGCCCCGCCAGCGUUCCCGAGCCCCAGCCCACCAAGGAUUCCACGGGCCCCGCCAGCGUUCCCGAGCCCCGCCAGUGUUACCGAGCCCAAGCCCACCAAGAUUUCCACGGGCCCCGCCAGCGUUCCCGAGCCCCAACUCACCAAGGAUUCCACGGGCCCCGCCAGCAUUCCCAAGCCCCAACCCACCAAGGAUUCCACGGGCCCCGCCAGCGUUUCCAAGCCCCAACCCACCAAGAUUUCCACGGGCCCCGCCAGCGUUCCCGAGCCCCAGCCCACCAAGGAUUCCACGGGCCCCGCCAGCGUUCCCGAGCCCCAGCCCACCAAGGAUUCCACGGGCCCCGCCAGCGUUCCCGAGCCCCAGCCCCAGCCCACCCUUCCCCAGUUUCAGUAUGAGCCGAUAG